AUGGGCAGAUUUGGAGCUGAAACUGGUCGUGAAGCAGAGACAACAGUUACACAACUCAUCAUGCUGGAUGUAAGCAGCGAAGAUGCAGAGGCCGUGGUGUGCAAAUGCUCCAGUGGCGGAGGCAGCUGGAUGCUUAAUGAAGAGCAGCAGCGAGUCAUUAUUGCGAUUUCGAGAUGGUUUGGCUACACUGAUGGGCGUCGCCCAUUUGGACCCCGAGAUGAAGCGCAGCUUCAUGAGAAGCAACAUGGGGAUGCAGAGGGAUGCGAAAACCAAGUUAAUCGUAGUGAAAAUUCUCAGGAGCUGCAGCAGGGUGAUUCCUCCAUAUUUUCCCAGGACAACAAGCACUCAGCCCUCCAGUCCAAGUCUCAGGCGACCCCGUCUGAAAAACAGGAAAAGGCUGGAGAUCUCAACAGUUCCGCCGUAGCGGUACAGGGCAGUAACACGGGUGGCGCACCCGCGGUUUCGCCAGAUGACGACGACAUCGCGGACAUAUGUCUUUAUGCAGAUGAUUUGGAUGAACUUCAGCUGCCGGGAGAGGAAUGUUCAGGGGUGGGCAUUGCUAGUGCGGAAGACCGGCGCCCUGAGGAAAACUCUGGCUUUCGCCUGGACCAGCCUAGCGCGGUAGUGAAGGACCGCAACGUUCAGGACCCGCGUACAGCAACGCUCGCCUCUACUGCCCACGAUUCACUGGCCGUUGGUAGUGAAGCCAAAACAUGCACUCCUCUGCAGGAUGAGAAUUCUAAGGUUGGCGUCGCCGAUGGUGAGAAGCAGUUCAAGGCCCAACCAGCUCAGCAUCCUCCUAAGGAGACCGGCCCACCCGCCACGCUGGAGCCUCCUCCUGUUUCCGUUACUCUUGCUUCUUCGCUGGCGUCGACAGCAGUUAAUAUGCCUGCCUCGUCGGCUCCUGUUUUUCUAGUCCAGGGUGUCUUUGGCGCAGGCAAAACUACCAUGCUGGCAGCCUCUUUAGCGACUCUUUGCAGGCUCCUGGAUCUAGCGAAGAGCCGCAGCCGUGUGCUGUUGGUGUGUGCAACCAAUGCAGCAGUGGAUGGCGUGUUGCUGCGGCUUCUGCGGCAGUAUGAGUGUUGCGACUUUGCUCGCAUUGGCCGCCUGUCAGAGAUGCAGCCUGCUCUACUUCCGUAUGCCAUUUGCAGCAGUGCUGCACGCAAUACAGCCGUGCACGAGUUCAAGGCCGUUUUGUCUGGCCUCCUCUCUGCGCCUGGUGCGCGCACGAACCUCGCAACUAUGGCGAAGCAGCUCCUCCAAAGCAUUGACAGCGGCUCCUUUCCUCCCUCGAUGCAGGUUGGCCAGACACCGUACGACGCAGUAUCUGCAGGAUAG